AUGAACACACACGAGGCCUUAUCGAUGCAAAUCCAGGAAGAGGCCUCCCAGCUGUCCAUCAAAGAGGAGACGACUUCACAGGUCAAAUCAUGCUUGCAUUUGAAAAAAGGUGUGAAACUAUCGUAUAUCAAAAACAAUGCCCGGACUCUCCGUGACCCUAGCAAACACAUGUGUCUCCUUUGUGCAGUUGGCUCAAGGACGAAUGAAGAUUUUGAAUUAAAUCUCUGCGCCAACUGCGGCUAUCUUUUUUGUGCCCACCACGAUGUUAAUCAUUCGCUAACUCACUACAAGAAAAACAACAAGCAUUCAAUUUUUGUGAACAUCAUUACACUGAAAUGUUUUUGUUAUGCAUGCAACUUGGAAGUCCUUCCGUCUGAAAAAAAGAAUAUGGUAAUUCGAGACGUUUCUCAGUUCAUCCGGAUCAAUCUUGUUUCACCUUACACUUCUGAGCAACAAGAUGCUUCAUUCAACAUGAAAUCUCAGGAAAAGUCAUCCACGUUUUCAAAGCAUUUCUCCCCAAAAUCCUCUCCUUCUCCGAAGCUGCACAUCAUUCAACCAGGGCUAAAAAACAUGGGUGCAACAUGCUACUUUAAUUCUGUUUUACAAGUUUUGUCUGCAUCCGAAUACCUUCAUGACUGCAUUAGCCGGCAUCCUUUCCAUCCUGAUAGAAAUCCAAAGUUUAAUUUCGGAAAUCAUUUAGAAUCCUCUUUGCUUUCCGCUUUCGUAAGGUUUAUGGAAUCCUUCUACAAAGCAGACGGGUCCGUACCCGUUUUCCGUCCAGGAAUUCUGUUCGGCGAAUUUCGAUAUCGUCAUCCUCAGUUUUCUGAAGGGAUUCAACAGGAUGCACAUGAACUUUUAAGGUACUUACUCAAUGAUUUAAUCACUGAGGAAAAGGAAGUUACCAAAGCCGAUAAUAAUAAUGGGUCGCAGCUGCUCCAGUCAGAUUCAAACAUUUCUCCUGAGAAUGGUCAUUCAAAACGGAAUCCCUUUUCGAAUGGUCAUCAAUCAAGUAGCAACCAUGUUUCUGCCAGAUCUUUGAUUACUCCUAUAAAAGGGGCUGUUUCAGAUGAAGGUACUGAUUCUGCCUCUUCGCAUAUACAUUCCCCUAUCAUUUCUUCCACUCCUUAUGCGAGUAAGGAGAGCCGCUCUUUAGAAAAUUCUGAGCCUAACAUUGAUAACAUUGCUGAAAAACUCCCAAGUCAGAAUUUAGUCACUGAUACGUUUCAUAAGGAUUCAAAAUCGGAUAAUAGAGAAGCCUUUACCAUUCCUUUGCCAUUACAUUCCUCAUAUGAUGAACCCAGCGAGACGAAUAUUCAUUAUUUGUCAAAUAUGGACAAAUCUGCAGUCUCUUCUGAUGAAUGUGAUAAUUCAAUUAUCUUAGAUGAUGAACCUGCCCGUACGGUGAUUGAUUCUUUAUUUACAGGUCGCCUCAAUUGCAAAGAAGUUAGCAAAAGCUACGAACCUACCCAAGAUUUCUCUUUGUCUGUUCAUGCAAAUUCAAAAUCUUUAAGCAAGCGUCAUCGAUUUCAUCGCGCGCUGCGGUCUCGCUUUGGAAGAUCACCAAAGAGGUCAACAGGAACGCCAGAUGUUAAAAUCAUUAUUGACGAUGUUGAUCCCGAGAACGAAAAAAAUAAAGCUGAUGAUUCCCACGAAAACAAGCCUGAAACAGCUAGUGAAGGUGUUCCUGCUGAGGAUGAAAAAUCAAAUGGUGGUUCAUACUUUCAAAAUUUACGCAGGUUGAGUAAUCUAUCUAAUAAUUCUCGUCGGUCACAAAAACAAUUCAGCAAUCUAUCGUCCCUAAUUUUCCCAGAGUCGAUGAUUGCGAACGGUGCGUCUGUAAGCGAGCCAAAUUCCGUUGUUGAUUGUUUACGAAACUUUACUCGCAUUGAAGAGUUAACCGGCGACAACAUGUUUGCUUGUGAAUCUUGUGGCCGUAGUUGUGAUUGUAAGUCCCCCUCUAACCAUGGUAGUGUAUCGCAAGAAAACACUGAAGAUGAAAGUGCAUGUGAUUGUUCUAUGAAUUUCACUUAUCGAGAAGCUUAUAAGCGACUUUUGAUUGAUUCCCCAUUACCACCUGUGUUUGUGAUUCAUUUGAAAAGGUUUCAUCAUAAUUUUUCAGCUGAUGGAAGUUGCGAUCCAAAAAAAAUCACUGGGUUCGUUCAGUUUGACCAAGAGUUAGAUAUUAAUGAGUUUGUCAUGCCUACGUUACGAUCAUCAAAAGGAAUUAAAUAUAGACUAUUUGGUAUUGUUGCACAUUCAGGGACUUUAAAUUACGGUCAUUACGUUGCCUAUGUAUUGUCUCACAAGCAUGUUCCAGCGGAUAAGUCUAUGUCUCCGACAACUGAAAAACCAGAGUCUGGGACAGAACCAGGAAGUAAAGAACGUCGGUGGUUAUACAUCAGUGAUAAUAUUGUCUCGAAGGUUACAUGGGAAGAGGUCUCUAAGGUGGAAGCUUAUAUGCUUUUUUAUGAAAAGAUAAAAUGA